AUGGAAAUUGGAGAACCCUGCUCAGGAAUUAAAGUUUUUGAUGGGGUAUCUUCGGAAUGCGCAUUUGUAUGUCCUUCGGGUAAUUUUGGUGUAUUUAAUUCCGAAACAAAUCAAAUUAUUUUUUCAAAAAAGCACGAAAAACCAUUAACAUGCGUUACAACAGAUUCCAAUAACAAAGUUUACUAUGCAGAUGAACGAUGCGUAUAUAUGCAAGACAUUCGAACAAAUAAUGAACCUGAAUUUAUUUUACAAUUAAGCAGUGACAUCAUUUCAAUUGCAGCAUCAGGAUCCACUAUUGCUGCUUCUACUAAAGACAGAGGUAUUUUCUUAAAUGAUUGCAGAGUUUUAGAAUUUUCACCAGAAUCGAAUCAUUCUGAAAGCGCAAUAUGUGCGCCAUCAAUAUCAUUCAAUAACUUAGAUUUACUUGCCGGAUACCAAAAUUCUUCAGUUUCGAUUUGGGAAACUGUAUCAGGAGCAAUGACUGGUUUAAUGCUUCCGUCCAUUCUCGAGAUGCAUUGUUUAGAAGCUAUUUCUGUUUUCUAUUGUAACCAAAUCCCAGUUGUUUGUUAUUCUUCAGGAAUAACUGUUUAUAAAGAUUCAGAGCCUAAUUUCACUACUCUUGAUAAGACUUCAUUGUUCUCAUGUGCUUCAUACUCCCCAUGCUUUGGAAAUGAUUUCUGCAUCCUUGGUAUGAAUGAUGGAAAUAUUUCAGUGUUGAAUGCUCAAAAUAUGACUGAAAUAGCCUCCAAGCAAUAUGGUCAUGAUCCUAUUUCCAAGAUUACCGGAAAUUCUCUCAUGGUUGUUGCAUCAUUUGAAGGCGACGAUGGAUCUCUCUCAAUUAUUACUCCAGAGGACUUUGGAUUAUUCUAA